AAAACAUCCGAGCUUGAAACAUGGAGAAGACACACACCAAAUCUGCACUAAAGUUUGUGAAGGCUAGCACACAAUCUGCAGUCUCGUGGAGCUCUACUGCUGCUGGAGGAAUGACAAAAGAAGAACUCAAAGACCGGUUCUUUGACAAAUCUAAGGCUUCUCAAAAGCAUUACCCAAAAGAGAACACCAAGCCACAAGGAAUCAAACUUCAUACCCAAGAAAGAGCCGUCAAACGCGCAAUGUUCAACUACGAGGUAGCAACCAAGUUGUAUAUCAUAGAACAACAGAAAAGACGAGCAGAGAGGUUGCAGAAGAUGAUAGAAGAGGAAGAGAUUCGUUUGCUACGGAAGGAUAUGAUUCCAAGAGCUCAACUGAUGCCAUUUUUCGACAGACCCUUCUUUCCACAAAGAUCAAACAGGCCAUUGACGGUUCCUAGAGAGCCAAGUUUCCGCAUGAUAAACGGCAAGUGCGGAAGCCGGAUCUUUUGCAGUGGAAUCUACGAUUUUCAAGGGAGUCAUAUGGUCGACUGAAGCCCAUCAAAUAAAAGUAAGUACGGCUGCGGAGGAAGUUUGUGAUUAGACGUAGUACUCCUCGUUCUGAUCAUGGUGGUUCAUGCAUGCAUCAUGCUGUACAACUUAGUCGAUCAGAGAAUACUUAAUUCGGCUGUUGUUAUAUGCAGUACUGUAAUUGUGAUAAUAUGGUAGAUCAUCUGUGCGUACGUACGUAGUAGUUUAUAAUCAGUGAGAUUUUCCUUUUUUUUUUCUUUUUUUUUCCUUUUUGGCCUUUUCUCUUCUUUUUUCUGGGUGACAUUAUUAGGGAAGGAGAACCAGUCGGCUUUAUUUUUCCUAGAACAAAAUAAAGUUUAUUGUGUUUUCAAUUGUA